GUUGUGUACAAGUAGUCAUAGCCGUGUCAGUGCGACAACUGAAGGAAUUAUUCCUAAAUGAAGAAUGGGAGAAAGUAACCGGGAAGGAAACUGCUAAUAGAUGCAGUGUGAGACGAGAAAAGGCACUAAGUUGCACUUUUUUAACGUAAAGAGUAGUGCGUAUCAGUUGUCAGGCAAAGCAGAAAGUCAACGUCUGACGGCUGUAAGAAGCCAUUGCUACGAUAACAAACCAGGGCUGUUUAUUGCGUGCGUAGUUUUCGCAAACCGUGUUGCGCCUGACCUUUCCCACAAUUCUCACUUAGGAGUUUUCUCUACAAGAAAAUAUGGCAGCUAGGCUCUCACUACGCGAGGAGGACCUCUCCUGCCCCGUGUGCUGCGAUAUCUUCCGCGAUCCAGUCGUCCUUCAAUGCAGCCACAGUUUCUGCAAGUCCUGCCUGCAGCAGUACUGGACCCAGAAGGGCGCCGGUCGGGACUGUCCCCUCUGCAGGUGCGAGUCCACCGCGGAGGAGCCGGUCGUCAGCCUGACUCUGAAGAACCUGUGCGACUCCUACAUCCAGGAGAGCAGCUCCCGUGCGGUGGAGGAGACGGGGCCGGAGACGGGAGAGCUGUGCAGUUUGCACGGGGAGAAGCUCAAACUCUUCUGCUUGGAGGACGCGCAGCCCAUAUGCGUCGUCUGCCACACCUCGAGAAAACAUAAACAUCACGAGUGCUGUCCGGUGGCGGAGGCGGUGAUGGACUGUAAGGUGGAGCUCCAGUCUGCGCUGAAGACCCUGCGGGGGAAGCGGGAGGCCUUUGAGAAAAUUAGACAGACCUGCGAAAAGACGGCGGCGCAUAUAAAGACCCAGGUCCAGCACACCGAGAAACGGAUCAAGGACGAGUUUGAGAUCCUUCACCACUUCCUCCGAGUUGAGGAGGCGGUCAGGAUAGCUGCGCUGAAGGACGAGGAGGAGGAGAAGAGCCACGCGCUGAUGGAGAAGAUGGAGACGAUAGAGAGAAACAUGGCCUUCCUCUCCGACACCAUCAGAGCCAUAGAGGAGGAGAUGGGCGUGGAGGACGUAUCAUUACUGCAUAAGUACAAGACCAUGAUGAAAAGCGCUGAACGCCCGCUGCAGAGUCCAGAGAUGGCUUCUGGGAUGCUGAUCAAUGUGGCCUCAUACUUGGGUUCCCUGAAGUACAAAGUGUGGGAGAAGAUGCAGAGGAUAGUGGAGUACAUCCCUGUGACCCUGGACCCCAACACCGCGGCACCCUGGCUCGUCCUGUCCGAGGACCUGACCAGCGUCAUCGACAGCGAGGAGAGGCAGCAGCUCCCCGACAACCCCGAGAGGUUCGACCCGGACUCGGGCGUCCUGGGCUCCGAGGGCGUCAGCUCGGGGUCGCACUCGUGGGACGUGGAGGUCGGGGACAACACAGCCUGGGUGCUGGGCGUGGCCAAGGAGUCCGUGCAGAGGAAGGAGAAGGUUCCGUCCGUCCUGAAGAACGGGUACCUGUGCGUGUAUUUUUAUCACAAGAUGUACUUCGCCGGGACGUCGCCCCUGACGCGCCUGAGUCUGAAGAAAAAGCCGAGGAGGAUCAGAGUGAAGCUGGACUGGGAGAGGGGCCGAGUGUCCUUCUCCGACUCGACCGACCACACCCACAUCUACACCUUCAAGCACACCUUCACUGAGAGGGUGUUCCCAUACUUCUGGGCUGGCUGCAAAGAGUGUCCUCUGACGCUCCUGCCAGUAGAGCUGUCUGUAAGACCAGUGAAUUGUGAUUAGAGAACUCUUACCCUUUUUUCUGUGCUGCUCUAACCUCGAGCAUUAACUCCUAAAUUUAAUUCCACUGUCAUCUCAGACUUAUGCUGUAAUGCCUUGUUGAUAUAGUCAGAUGGAUUAAAUGACUUGGAAUAAUUAUUCGGCACUUUACAAGUCAAUGCUGGUCA